CAAAUCUUAAAAGUUUUUAAAAUUUUCAAAAUUGUUUGGAAAAGAGCGAUUACAGUGAAAUAAGUUUCGAAUGAUUUUAAUGAGUUCAUCUGGUGCCUCUAGUAAAUGAGAAAAACAAUAAUUUUCGCGACGAUCAUUCCGCGAUUUUGAAAUAGAACAUUCAUUUCGCAGCUUUUGUUGAGAUCGAAUCUUUUUCGAUCAGAUUAUACAAACAAGUGUAAAGAUCCGUAAUCAGAACAUGGCGGAAAUGAAGAAUCCACCAUCCUACGAAGAGGUGAUCUCGGAAAGUUUUCAAGGGAAUCCACCAGUUCAAAAUAUUCCGGCAGUGAUAACGGUGGCCCCAUCGGCUCCAUAUCCUCAACAGAUGUAUCCGGGAGUUCCCACAGCGUAUCAAAGGCCGAUGCCCAAUCAUGGUUAUGGAUCUAUGGAUGUUACCGGAAAUGCAGUCCCAGCUAAGGUAGGUCCAACUGUGAUGCCUCCGACAGGGGGUGGUAUUGCGGCCAGUACAACUACGACUGCGGUACUGAUACCACAAGAAAUUAUUGUGGUCGGGGGAUGUCCGGCCUGUCGCAUUGGCAUGCUCGAGGACGAUUACACGUGCUGUGGGGUUUGUUGUGCCAUUUUUUGCUUCCCUGUAGGCAUCCUUUGCUGUUUAGCAAUGAAGAACAAACGGUGCACAAACUGUGGAGCACAGUUCUAGGUUCUAGGCAACGAAAAGGUCUUGUCAUUACUUUUUGUGUUAAUAUUUUCCAAGUGUGAAAUAAAUCACAUUAUAAACUACCAAAAAAAAAAAUAAGGUGAUUGGUAACAAUGAAAGUGUGCGGCAAAUAAUAUGAUUGAUAUUGAUAAGUGUUAACGAAUAGGCCAUUUUUUACAAGAGGUAUUUGCAUUUAGAUAUGUUAUGACACACGUGUUUAAAGAUAAUUCAUACGAUUUACAAUAAAAUCUAUUCCACUUG